UUUCCUAUUCCCACGCCCUCGCGCCCGCCCCCAUCUUCUGCUUAGAUUUGGGCCAAGCGAGAGAGGCGUCUCCGAAAUAAAUAAAACACAGUCGUCAUGAUUUGUCGUCCCCUGUUCUCCCGCGGGGCGCCAUGCAGCAGCCUCUUUUUUUCUUUCUCCUUGUCCUCCCCAUUCUUAAUUUUGACGUCUUGUUGCAGUCCCGAUCCCGCGUAAACCUCUCUCCCAAUCUUGUGGCACGCAUUGUUUGUAUGUACUGCACGACGGGGACAGGGAAAGUACCUCAGCUGUCGUGCGACAACAUCUCUAUCUUGCUCCUCCCUCUUUCGGCCUGUCGUCAACAUACGACGGCGCAGUACUCCGUACGCGGGUUCAGAUAAGUAUUUUCCGCGAUGGCGAUGGCGUUUCUCUUUUUCUCUCGCCGCGGGGCGGCGCGCGCUAGAAAGGAAAGGCAGGGAUUUGCAAAUCGGCCGGAAGCCUCUCCGCGAGUUUCC